AUGCAAGCCGCGCCAUCGGCCCCAAUUGAUGCAUCAAAAUUUGUUGCCUACGUCACAGAAAGGAGGAAAAAACGAAUCCUGUUUAAAGGCGAAUAUCUUCUAAUCUUGCGGUCAAUAGAUACAACAAAGUGCCAAAGUCAUGUCGGUCAAGCAAUGGGUAACAGAAAUCAGUACCCGGAUACAUUACCGUAUGACUAUAACAGAGUUAUAUUACGCCGACUUCCCGACGAUGAAAAUAGUCAUUAUGUGAACGCCAGUUAUGUUAAUAGUUGGCUAAGAGAACGCGCUUAUGUAGUAACUCAAGCCAUUAAAAACAAAAAUGCAAUAAAUGAUUUUUGGAGAAUGAUCUGGGAACUUGGUUCCAACUGUAUUGUUAUGCUCACCAAAGUAUUUGAUUUUAUGCGGGUAAUGUGUGUGCAAUACUGGCCUGCCACAACAUUGCAGUGUGACAGUAUCGAGGUUGAAGCCUUAGAAGUUAAGUCGUACGCCCAUUUUGUGAUUCGAACGUUACGGCUAACAAAAGUUGAUGAAAAUGAAGGCCAACAAACUCGGAUUGUCAAGCAUUUUCACUUUACUGAAUGGGAGUUGGACAGUUACCCGUAUAUUAGCGCAUUUAUUGAAAUUCGACGGCGAGUCAGGCAGUUUAUCGACAAAAAUCGUACUGAUGCUCCAAUGGUUGUUCACUGCAGAAGCGACCCAAUAUCUAAGGCAACCAAAUAA